AUGUAUAUUGUUUUUAAAUGUGCUUUAGUUAAUUUUUUAAAUAUAUACGUAUAAAUGGAUGAUUUAUUACUGGAUCCAGCAAUCCGAAUCUGGGUUAUUGUUCCCAUUGUUUUAAUCACAUUUCUUAUUGGAGUUAUUCGACAUCAUGUAUCAAUUUUGUUGACAUCUGCUAAAAAAGUUGAUGUGGAGCAGCUAAAGCAAAGCCACGUUUUAAUGCGUAGUCGUUUACUUAGAGACCAUGGGAAGUACAUACCGUUAGAGUCAUUUGUUAUGAGAAGAAAUUUUUUCAAUGAUGAAGAAACAGGGGUGUUAAAAGCUGAAAAACCACAAGCUCCUCCAAAGAACCCCAUGCAAGAUCCAACAAUGAUGAUGGACAUGUUGAAAGGAAAUUUAACAAAUGUAUUGCCUAUGAUAGUAAUUGGUGGUUGGAUCAAUUGGACGUUUUCAGGAUUUAUUACCACAAAGGUACCAUUUCCACUGACAUUAAGGUUCAAAGCAAUGUUACAAAGAGGGAUUGAACUAACCAGUCUCGAUGCAUCUUGGGUUAGUUCUGUUUCUUGGUAUUUCCUGAAUGUAUUUGGCUUGAGGAGUUUGUACUCUCUUAUAUUAGGUCAAGAUAAUGCUGCUGAUUCUGGUCGUGUCAUGCAGGAACAAAUGGCUACUGGGGGUGGCAUGAUGGGACCUCAAGCGGAUCCAAAAAAAGCUUUUGAUGCUGAAUGGGAAGCAUUACAGAUAGCUGAGCAUAACUGGGCUUUGAAAAAUGUUGAAGACGAAUUGAUGAAGCGACACCUAGAUAAUUUAAAAAUUUAUGCUGAAUUGAAAGACAAGGACGCCUAGCUUUCUUUUUUUUCUAUUUUAGUUGUACCAAUAACAAACAAUUCAGGA